GCAACUAACGGGAUAAACAUAGAGCCUUCUGCCUAGUAGCUAGCUAGCCAGCAUUUGUUUGCCCUAUUUCCGGCCGGCAGGGGGAAAAGGACUGCUACGAACGUAGCCGGCGCCGGUAACACGUACAGUUGACGAAGAUGGCUACGACGACGUUUAGGUGGUCUCCGGUUAUGAUCCUGCCGUUGGUUCUCCUGGCGGCGACUUCUCUCCUGCCUUCACCCGUUGAGUGCAUGGUUCGCCACUACAAGUUCAAUGUGGUGCUGGCCAACACGAGCAGACUCUGCUCAACCAAGCCCAUCGUCACGGUGAAUGGCCAAUUCCCUGGGCCUACCCUCGUUGCUCGUGAAGACGACACCGUUCUCGUUAAGGUUGUCAACCACGUCCAAUACAACAUGAGCAUCCAUUGGCAUGGGAUCAGACAGCUGCGAACCGGUUGGGCCGACGGGCCGGCGUACAUAACCCAAUGCCCGCUCCAGCCGGGCCAGACGUACCUGUACAAUUUCACCCUAACCGGUCAGCGGGGAACUCUUCUCUGGCACGCUCACAUUCUCUGGCUUAGGGCCACCGUCCACGGAGCAAUUGUCAUCUUGCCAAAACGCGGCGUUCCUUACCCGUACCCCAAACCGCACAAGGAGCAUACCUUGGUGUUAGCCGAAUGGUGGAAAUCCGACGUCGAAGAUGUGAUCAAGGAAGCUCUCAACUCCGGUGGCGCACCCAACAUCUCCGACGCCCAUACCAUCAACGGCCUCACCGGACCCGUCGCCGGCUGUCCUUCCCAAAAAGGAUUCACCCUCCCCGUCCGGCCCAACAUGACGUACAUGCUCCGGGUCAUCAACGCCGGGCUCAACGAGGAGCUCUUCUUCAAAAUCGCCGGCCACAAGCUCACCGUCGUCGAAGUCGACGCCACCUACGUCAAGCCGUUCAAAGUCGACACCAUUGUUUUGGGCCCAGGCCAGACCACCAACGUCCUCGUCACAACCCAACAGGGCUCCGGCAGGUACAUCGUCUCCGUUUCCCCCUUCAUGGACGCCCCCAUCACCGUUGACAACCGCACUGCCACUGCCAUCCUCCACUACACCGGCACUCAGAUGGCCUCUCCGGUCUCCCUCACCGCCCCACCGCCCAUCAACUCCACCCUCGUCGCCACAAAGUUCACCAACUCCCUCCUCGCCCUCAACUCCAAAGAGUACCCGGCCAACGUCCCCACCACCGUCGACCACUCGCUCUUCUUCACCAUCUCGCUCGGCCUCAACACGUGCCCCACGUGCACCGGUGGGGCCCGCGUCGUGGCUGAUUUCAACAACAUCACGUUCGACAUGCCCACUGUGGGCCUGCUCCAGGCCCAUUACUUCGGCAUCGAAGGGGUGUUCACCGACGACUUUCCCGCAAACCCGGCACAACCGUAUGACUACACGAAUACUACGGCCCAGCCCGCGAACUUGGCGACGCAGAACGGGACGCGGGUGUACAGGCUGGCGUACAACGACGCCGUGCAGCUGGUUUUGCAGGAUACGGGGAUGAUUACACCCGAGAACCACCCGAUUCAUCUCCACGGGUUUAAUUUCUUCGAGGUGGGUCGGGGCGUGGGGAAUUUCGACCCGGAGAAGGAUCCGAGGAGGUUCAACCUUGUCGACCCGGUUGAGAGGAAUACGGUUGGGGUUCCAGCCGGUGGUUGGACCGCCAUCAGGUUCAGAGCUGAUAAUCCAGGGGUUUGGUUUAUGCAUUGCCAUCUGGAGGUGCAUACGACAUGGGGGCUGAAGAUGGCGUGGGUGGUGGAUAACGGGAAAGGACCCAACGAAUCAAUUUUGCCACCUCCAUCUGAUCUACCCAAGUGCUGAUCAUGCCAUAUAUAUAAUUCUUUUCUGGAUGAAACUUGAUCAUAGGGAAGUAAUCAUUGAAUUUAUUAAUCUGAUAGUAAGAAGAAAGGGAAAAGGAGAAGAGAAUGUUACGUAACGUGAUGAUGAAAUUUUAUUAGAUGAAUGUUUCUAAUGGGGGAGAUUAUUUGUUUAAUUUUGGUUUUGGUGGUAGUUAGUAAGACAAGAAAAUGAGGAGGGUUAUAUUAUAUAUAUGUGGAGCAAUCCGGGGAUGGAGUUUGGCGAUUGCGUGGGAGUCUGAAUAAUGAAGAAAGAAAGACAGCAUAUUUGGUUGGGGUUUGGUUUCGCACUAUAAUUUUGAAGGCUUCUUCUUUUGAACUUCUAUUUUUUAUUUGUAUGUAUACAUGAACGUGUAUAAUAUGGAAUUACUGUCACGCUUUCAAAGCUUGUGUUCUUGUCAAUGGUGAAUUCUCGAGCAAUAGAGGGUUGAAACAUGG